ACCGCCCCUGAAUGCAGCAGGAGUCCUCCCAGUCAGAUCUGAACGUGACGCGCCGACUCGGAUCCGAGCUGCGGAGGGAGCAGGAGCCGAGCGGGUCUGCCUGUCUGUCCGUCCGUCCGUGUGUCUGUCUGUCUGGGACACAGAAACCUCCUGUCUUCGGCUGGACGUCCGCGGGGAUGGAUCCAACGCUGUCCUCCUCCUGUGUUCGCCGCUGAGGGACGGUCCUCCGUCGGAUGCUCCAGCGCCCAUAGAGGAGGAGGAGGAGGAGGAGGAGGAGGAGGAGGAGGAGGGGAGCCCUACCAGUCUUCAUCUACCAGGCUGACUCACGGCUGGAGCGCCUGAACACAGAAGAAGAAGAAGAAGUUCCAGAGAACGGGAGCAAAGGAAAACAGAAACAGAGAGCAAGACGGAAGGAGGGAGGGAGAGAAAGAGGGGAGUGAAAAACAUUUAAAAGGAGGUGAAGAAGGACAGAAGAAGUGAGGUCGGGGCGGCGAGCGAGAGGAGGAAAGUGAAAGUGAUUGUGGGAAAAAAGAAAGAGAGGGAAAGGAGAGACGUACAGCUCAGUGGGAACAAGUCCUGAGGUCAGGUGAGAGCGGGCGCAGGUAGGUCGGAGGUCGGAGGUCAAGAGGUCAGACAGAAACUGGCUGACUGAGCUUCAGUGGAACAAACUGUCCUGCUGCCGACCCCCCCACAGCUGUUCAGCCCUUCACCGUCAGCACACUGGGAGAACUGGGAGGACUGGUGACGAGGAGAAGCCACCAUGAGCGACCAGAACGUCGUCAAGGAAGGCUGGGUGCAGAAAAGAGGUGAGUACAUCAAGAACUGGCGACCGCGUUACUUCCUCCUGAAGUCAGACGGCUCUUUCAUCGGCUACAAGGACAAACCGCAGGACUCUGACCUGGCCUACCCGCUCAACAACUUCUCUGUAGCAAAAUGUCAGCUGAUGAAGACGGAGAGGCCCAAGCCGAACACCUUCAUCAUCCGCUGUUUACAGUGGACCACCGUCAUCGAGAGGACUUUCCACGUGGACACUCCUGACGAGAGGGACGAGUGGGCCGAGGCCAUCCAGAUGGUAGCGGAGUCUCUGGCCAAACAGGAGGAGGAGGGCAUCCUGUGCAGCCCCACCUCCCAGAUCGAGAUCGUCAACGAGGAGGAGAUGGACACCUCCAUCAGCCACUACAAACGGAAGACAAUGAAUGACUUUGACUAUCUGAAGCUGCUGGGCAAAGGCACGUUUGGGAAAGUCAUUCUGGUGAGGGAGAAGGCGAGCGGCACGUACUACGCCAUGAAGAUUCUGAAGAAGGAAGUCAUCAUAGCCAAGGAUGAAGUUGCUCACACGCUCACAGAAAGUAGGGUAUUAAAAAACACUCGGCAUCCAUUCCUAACUUCUCUGAAGUACUCGUUCCAGACGAAGGACCGGCUGUGCUUCGUGAUGGAGUACGUCAACGGAGGAGAGCUGUUUUUCCAUUUGUCGAGAGAAAGAGUUUUUUCAGAGGACCGGACCCGUUUCUACGGCGCUGAGAUCGUCUCUGCUCUAGACUACCUACAUUCUGCGAAGAUCGUGUACCGAGAUCUGAAGCUGGAGAACCUCAUGUUGGACAAAGACGGACACAUUAAGAUCACAGACUUUGGCCUCUGCAAAGAAGGCAUCACCGACACUGCCACCAUGAAGACCUUCUGUGGGACACCCGAGUACCUGGCUCCUGAGGUGCUGGAGGACAACGACUACGGGCGGGCGGUGGACUGGUGGGGUCUGGGCGUGGUGACGUACGAGAUGAUGUGCGGCCGCCUGCCGUUCUACAACCAGGACCACGAGAAGCUGUUUGAGCUCAUCCUCAUGGAGGAGAUCAAGUUCCCCAGAACCCUGUCGGCCGACGCCAAGUCGCUGCUGUCGGGUCUGCUCAUCAAGGACCCCAACAAACGGCUGGGCGGCGGACCGGAUGACGCUAAGGAGAUCAUGCGACACAGUUUCUUUGGCACGGUCGACUGGCAGGACGUCUACGACAAGAAGCUGGUCCCUCCGUUCCAGCCACAGGUCAGCUCAGAGACAGACACACGCUACUUCGACGAGGAGUUCACAGCACAGACCAUCACCAUCACCCCGCCGGAAAAAUAUGACGAGGACGGGAUGGACGCGGCGGACAACGAGCGAAGGCCUCAUUUCCCACAGUUCUCCUACUCGGCCAGCGGGCGGGAGUGAGCGCUCCGGGCCCGGGCCAGCCAGUAUCGCCCCCCCCCAUCCGCCGGCCAUUCUGAGGAAAACACGUAGCCAUUUUAGGAAAAAAGAUACCAGUCUCCCCUCUUUUUCUCCUUCUCUGCCUCCUCACAGACGGGGAGAAGUCUUUCUAGGGACUUUAAAAGAGGUUUUUGCACAGUGGGAUAGACUCCAGCCGGUCUCCCCACACUAAAAAAUAAGUCUCCUACAUUUUCAGCGCUAUUUACUGCAGAAGGCAAUGUUUUUGUUAUUUAUUUUUCUCUCCGUCAGUGUUACGUCGUCGUCGUCGACCCAGGUUGCAUCUUUUUGUUUGUUUGUUGUUUGUUUGUUUGUUUGUUUGUUUGUUUGUUUGUCGUGUCUGCCCCCCUUUUUUUCUUCUUCUUCUUCUUCUUCUUUUGACUUUUUUGCACUUGGUUUGGAAGAGCCGUUUUAGGGAACAAAAAACCAAAAAUGUUGCCUUACGUGUGCAGAUGUUUCGUAUCAUACCGACAGGGUGUUUUUUUCUUUGUUUGGGAGAGGGCGGGCGGGGUAUCGGGGAUGUGAGGGGGUCAUUCUUUAGUUGAGAAUAAGUGCAUGGCUCGUGGUUCACUCUAAAAAAAAAAAAAACAAAAAGAAGAAAAAAAAGUACAAAAAAAGAUUUCUUUCUCAUCCAUUUGCCAUGGCAGCGCACAUUCCCCCAACCCCAUGGCGAGGAAAAUCACCGUCUACAGAAAACAGGAGAAAAAACAGAAAAAAACAAACAAAAGAAAAACCAGGAAGUCUGUUUCAUCCCCGUCAUCGUUGCAGUGUUACUAUUUUGCCUCUUUUUUCAGCCCCAUGUCUUUUUCUCUCUCUCUCUCUCUCUCUCUCUCUCUCUCUCUCUCUCUCUCUCUCUCUCUUUCUCUCUCGCGCUUUACUCCCCUUCAGUUGGACUUUUAUUUUGUUAACAGGAAACACUAAACUGCCAGAAACUGCACAGUUCACUCAGGCGCCACAGAGCACAACCGCGUUCAAACUCAGCUUACCGCUCCAGCUUUCCACAGCCAGCAGGGAAACGAGGCCUUUCUCUGCUCUCUCUCUCUCACCGCUUCACCUCCACCUCCACCUCCACCUCCUCCUCCUCCUCUUCUUCUUCUUCUUCUUCUUCUUCACCUCCGCUCUUCUGUUUCCUCAUCGUAGCUGUAGGACUAGUGGAAUGGGUGUUUACACAGGGACGUGUGGCUUAAUGUAUGUAUGUAAUGUUUGUAUGUACUGUAUGUAUGUGGGACAUGGGGGGUCAACUUUAUGCUGUCAUAGCACACACACACACACACACACACACACACACACACACACACACACACACACACACACAGAAUAUAUCAGACUCAAGUCGGCACUUUUCUCCAGACUGGAUCUAAUUCCUGACGCUCGAGGUGUGUGUAGCUACUGCGAGCAACUAUCGGGUUGUGUUGACUUUGGCGCCCCCUGUGGACAAACAGCACCUCUGAUUUCUUUGAAGGUGAAGGUGAAGGUGUGUCCCGUACGUGUGUAAGAAGUGUUUCAUGGUGAACCACCUCGUCUGACACCAACCAAGUGAUAGAGAGUAUCAGCUUGUAAGGGCCUGUGUCCACUGACAGCGUUUUUUUAUGCUAGCAGCGCUAACAACCUUAAAGGUGACAUAUCCUGCAAACUGGACUUUUU